AAAUAAUUUGGUUAGGUUCCAUCUGACUACGUGAAAUGACUGCUGCUGCAGCAUUAGAAGAAAUGAAGACUUUGUCUCCAAUGCUUUGUCCCUCAUGUAAAAAGAGUUUUCAAGAACCAAGACUGUUACCAUGUCUUCAUUCAGUAUGCUUUGACUGCUUAGACUUAGAUAAAACCAGGUGUCCAGUGUGCAGUGGGAUCAUACCUCCACUUCCAGAGAUCCCAAAGGAUUUGCUGGUGGAGUAUUUAAUGUCUAACAAACAGACCUUAGAGGGAAUAUCCUGUGCAAAUUGUGAGCAAUCUCAUUCUAUUGAUGUCAUGUUGUUUUGCAACACUUGCAGUCAGCCCCUUUGUCAAAAGUGUAGAGAUUUCACCCACUCAGCCAAGAUGUUUGCGAAACACGAGAUUGUUGAUAUCUUAUUAAAACGAUUGAACAAACAACGAAUGUGCUCAUUGCAUAAUGAACCUUUCAUUAUGUUCAAUGCUGAAGAUAAGAGUCUAGUGUGUAUAAGCUGCUUCAGAGAGAUUGGGCUGUCCAAGCGAACGCACUGUUUGGAUAUUGAGACAGCAUACAGUACGGUACAGAACGCUAUGUGUAAGAGUAUCGAGUACACUUGUACUACACAGAGUUCCUUGUCAGAACUUGUGGACAAGAUUGAUCUCAUGAUAACUGAAACCAAAGACUCCUCUCAAAAAAGACUAGAAGAGAUAGAUGAGACGUACAGCAGCAUAACAAAAGCAGUGGAGUUAUGUAAGGAGCGACUGAUAGAGGAUUGUAAGGAGUACGCUGGCUCCUGUCUCUGUGGACUUCAGGAGAAACAGGACAGACUAAAGUUACUGUUACCUGUUCUUCAAACUACUCUCAGAGCGGCCGACCUCUUUACUUCAGUCUCUGAUAGGUUCGACCUAGUUGAGUUGGGAACGCAUGUUAUUGAGAGAUUACAAGCGUUAACAAGCAAGGUGACUCAGUUGCAGACUCUGCACAUCUCAGAAAACGAGAUGUUGGACUACAGGAAGGAGUUUACGGAGUGUCUAGGAUUAACACUAGCAGAUAAGAAGUUACCAAACACAGAUAAACUACACGAUAGUAUCCGGGCUGAGCUCAUUGCUUAUCACAGGGGCAUAUCCCGCAGUUCUGGUCCAGGGACUAUGUACGCAAAACAGCUGGAACAGAAAUCAGUGCACAUUGACGAGUUACACCGCCUACUUAACACCUACAAGAACCAGGUACAAGAGCUACACAGAGACAUUACAAUCAGACGCAGUUCAGCUGGAGCCAACAAAACCUCAGCUCUCACUAAAAACUGUGAGGAACUGAUGGAGGCAAUCACCACGGCAACCACUGAGCUGAAACAUCUGCAACCUCUUUUAGAGAAUAGUUGGAAGGAGACUCUUAACAGCGUUGUCAAGCAGCAGGAAAGGUACAAAGACCGUAUGUCAGUAGUGGAGAAGAUGAGGAACGAGACUCAGUAUCUGAUAACCCUUGUGAAGCAGCUCACUCCCUUUAUACACAACUACAAAGCAGUCUCUGACAAACUCCACCCCAAGCUGGGUACCAGCAGUAGUUCCGGACCGGACGGACAGAGUCUGGACAACAUGAACCAGAUAAUCCAAACAAUAAAAGAGAUACAACCUGACUCUGGCCAGAGAAUAGCCGCUAUAGAACUAGCAGAACGAGAGAAGUCAGGCAACAAGAAGAGUAAGAACUCGUUAGAGGAAGAUCUGUUAAAACAAAAGGGCAAGUUGAGAUCAGUGGUGAAUAGCAGUGAGGAUCUAUCCUUGUUGUGAGCUCUAGCAAACAAACAAACUGUGUCGUCACGUGAUGUCCAUAUAAGGAGUUUAAUGACCCUGCUGCUAGUCCUAGUCUGUAAUGAGCCGGAACAUCUGCUGGCACUACUACAUGUAUUCAUCUUGGCACUAAUGUUGCGACACAUUUAUCAGUUGACAUGUAACUGAUACAUCUGGAAGUUUCUGCUAGAGGGUAUGAUUUCAUUUCCUUUAAAUAUGAGGGGUAAUAUUUAGAAGAUAACUUUCAAAUGUUACUUUACCUAGAAUAUAGUGACGUUCACAAAUGCAUGUUUCUCGAUAUCGUUUUUAUUAUAUAUUUUUUGAUGUACUAGAUUUAUAAAUAGAAUAUUGUAAA